CUGUGUUUGACAGCUCACCGACGAGCCGCACGACGAACGACAAAUUGUUUUGGUUGCGUGAUUACUGCUGGAGCGGUCGAAAGAAUUUUCGGAAAAAUCUAAAAUUUUUAUUAAAAAUUCACUUCAAAUCAAUUUAAGUUACGUAAAAUGUUAUCGCUAGCUGGUAAACUAUUGGUUAGAAAUUCAAUCGGCGGGAGAAACUGCUUAGUUCAGGAGUUGGUCACCAUAGCAGGGUCUAACCGGAGUUAUCACAUCGCAUGCGAAAAUCGUAAUAAACUUCUAAGCGGGAAAACACAAAAACUCCACUUCAAAUCCAUCAAUCCAAUCACAGCUGCGGUUCUGGUUCGUAACAUCAGCACCAACGAUGUUGCGAAGAGCGCGCUUGACACAAUACCAGAACCACCUCCAAUUCCGGCAGCGCCGGAAGUCAGUGACCUAGUGUCCAGUAUCGCUUCCAACGGUGAAGCUACGUUUGCUUCGCUUGGACUGGGCGGUUGGACCCCGGUAGGAAUCGUUCAGAAUUGCAUGGAGUUCCUCCACGUUGGCUGUGAUCUGCCCUGGUGGGGAGUGAUCGCUAUUGGAACCAUUUGUGUGAGGUUGAUCCUGUUUCCCCUGGUGAUUGCCAGUCAGCGUAAUGCAGCCAAAAUGAACAACCACAUGCCCCAGAUGCAAGUGCUGCAAUUGAAAAUGACAGAAGCUCGGCAGGCCGGCAACGCCAUAGAUUCAGCGCGCUAUGCUCAGGAGAUGGUGGCCUUCAUGAAGGAGAAGAAUUUAAACCCACUGAAGAAUAUGUUGGUUCCGUUGGCACAAGCUCCCAUAUUCAUCUCGUUUUUCAUGGGACUCCGGCAGAUGGCCAACACACCCGUGGAGUCGAUGCGUGACGGAGGACUUUUCUGGUUCACGGAUUUGACUGUUUGCGACCAGUUCUACGCACUGCCGGUGAUUACCAGCAUUACCAUGUUUUUGACCAUCGAACUGGGCACGGACAGCGCGCGAAUGUCCGCCCAAAACAUGCAGACGGUCCGAUACGUGCUGAGGGCGAUGCCGCUGUUCAUUUUUCCCUUCACAAUCAACUUCCCCGGCGCGAUUCUCUGCUACUGGGCAUGCAGCAAUUUCUUCUCGCUGCUGCAAGUAGGCUUCCUGAGAAUUCCCAAAGUGCGCGAUUACUUCAACAUUGACCGAUUGGUGACGCAUAAGCCGGAAACGUUGCCCAUCAAAAAGAAGAAAUUCACCGAGGGAAUAAAAGAUUCUUGGACCAAUAUGAAAAUCACUCGUGAACUGGAGGAACGAGCUCGAAUGGACGAAAUUUCUUUUCAGAAAGCAGGCAAGGGACCGUUAGUAAAGACCUACAAAUAUGACCCAACUACACCACGGCCCAGUAACAGCAACACCAUCAGUGCAAAGAAACGGUAGACCUGCAAGCCUUUUGAACGAACUACUGUGUAAUAUUGUAUUAAAAAUGCCAAGAAUAAAAUAAAAACAAGUA